GGCGGCAGCGGCGGCGGCGUCGGCGGCGGCGACGGCGGCGGUGGUGUCGUCGCCGUCGUCGAAGUCGGCAGGGAAAAAGGUGGGGGGCGCAUCGUUUAUUAAACAAAAUCAAACCACGAAAUAACUAACACACACGAUCGACACCGAGAAGCGGGCGGAACGAAAACAACAUCAAAUGUUAUCGACGACAACAACAACAAUAAGAAGAAGAAGAAGAAUAUGAAGAAUUAGAAGAAAUAUAAGAGAAUACGCGGAGCACCGAGGACGGUGGCGCAAAGGUUGUGGCCGUUUUAAGGAGGACGUUGUGCACAAUUUAACUUUGUUUAUUAUUAUUAUUAUUAUUAUUAUUUAUUUUUGCUUUACUGUUUACGAAGCCCUCGCUGAGAGUGUUACCCUGAGGAGAAAAGAUUUUUAAAAAAUAAUUUGAAAAAAAAAAGAGGGGUCAAAACCCUGUGAUUUGCAUUCAUCUGGUGGUUUUUUACUGUGGUGUGGUCUGACAUGAUAUGAUAUGCUGUUCGGGGUAUAUAUGGUGAAGGGUGGUGUGUUGGCCAGUUAGGGGGUCUGGCAGGGUAAAGUUUUUUAAUUUUUUUUUUUUUUUUUUGGAAAAUCUCACCCAACAUGAUCAUAGCCACAACGCUGUCGGUGAAGAAUUAUUUUUGGUUUCUCGUGCUAGCCAUCACUAUCAAUGUGGUUGGUCUGUUGAUGGCUUAUAUCUAUGCAGUCUACGAUGCUAAGACCUAUCGAACGAAAAGUGCCUUUUUCAACGGUCACCCAGCCGCUGCCUCUGCUGCAGCCGUCGCCGCCUCUGCUGUCUAUUCUGAUGCUCCGGAGCCAUCCCUUUUCGGAAUAUACAACCCGGCCGAAAAAAUAGCCCAGGUAGUUCGUUCUGUGAUGAACUUUCGCUCAGCCGGAUCAUCAUCAUCGUCGUCCUCGUCGGGUGACGAUAAUACGGACGGCAGCGACAAUUCGGACGACCUCUACGAUUUCCGAAACGCCACAUAUAGGAACACUUAUGUGACAAUCAACGGCCCCGGCCGCUUAGGCAACAAAAUGUUCCAAUACGCGGCCCUCUUGGCCGUUUCUCGUCAUUACGGCUACAGACCUUUUGUGCCGUCAAACAACGUAUUAACCGAAGUGUUUAAAGUCCGCCACGACACGUUGGUCGACAUUAGCAACGAUGAUCGCUUCGGCGAACACAAACCGGGUGAGUUUGAUACAAGUUUGUUCGAGAAACUGUCUGCGGAUAAAAACUGGACUUUAACAGGCUAUUAUCAAUCUUGGAAAUAUUUUACAAACAUAACGAAAAUCGUUAAAAGGGAGUUUACAUUUAGGGACGAAAUACUUAAGGAAGCUUUCAAAGUGCUUAAAAAAUUUGGACUUGGUAAAAAGACGUUAAUUGGAGUACACAUUCGGCGAGGCGAUAUGCUUGCGCAAAAGCUACGUGGUUACAACGUAGCGGACGAACAUUAUGUGAACAAAGCGUUGAAUUUCUACCGCAAAACCGUACCUAGCCCUGUUUUUCUUAUUAGCAGUGACGAUAUGAACUGGUCACGGAAUUUCAUACAAGAAUCCUACGAUGUGAACUUCGUGGGCGGAAAUAGUCUCGGCGUGGAUUUAGCGAUACUAGCUAACUGUCAGCACAGUGUGAUCACAUCCGGCUCGUACGGAUGGUGGGCAGCGUGGCUAGCAGGUGGAGACACCGUAUAUUUCAGCAAUUACCCGCGCCGAAACUCAUGGUUGAGUUCGGUUUACAAUAGAAACGAUUAUUACCCAGAAUGGUGGAUAGGCAUGGAAUGAGGAAACGGUGGAUAACAACAAAAUUUACAUAUAUAAAAAAGUAAGAUAUAUAAAUAUAUAUA